AUUCAGCGUAGAAAAAAUAUGCAUUUUGUACAGGAGUUUACAAUAACGGAUAGUUAGGCUUCAGAAAACAUUUCAAAUGCAAGAUGAAAAUGAUGUUCACGUUGAUGUCCGAAUGUGCUGUGGAUUUUGCAAAAUUUCUAUCGACAUCACCAGUGGAUAAAGGCAGUAUAGACAUGAAAGACAUAUGCUCCAAAUAUACGAAUGAUGUCAUCGCAACAUGUGCUUUCGGAAUUAAGAUCAACUCCAUAAAAGACCCAACAAACAAAUUUUAUAUUUACGGCAAGGAGGCAACUAACUUCAGAGGGGUCAUUCGCGGUAUAAAGUUCUUUUUUCUUUCUAUAUUUCCAAGACUUGGGCGAAUUCUCAAUUUGAAAAUUAUGAACGAUUAUGUUUCGAACUUCUUCAAGGAUAUUGUAAGGACUACAAUCGCUACUCGUGACGCAGAACACAUUACACGUCCGGAUAUGCUGCAGUUAAUGAUGGAUAUCAGAGGCAAAGGAGGUCAUAGAGAACUAGACAUUGAUGACAUGACUGCGCAAGCGUUCAUCUUUUUCCUCGGUGGUUUCGAGACCAGUUCAACCACAAUGUGCUAUACAGCUCAUGAGAUUGCAGCUAAUCCUGAAAUUCAAAUGAAAUUACAACAAGAGAUCGACAUGGUUUUAGAGGAAUCGAAUGGAGAAGUGUCUUACGAAACCAUUAAUCGACUCGAAUAUUUAGAUGCGGUGAUAUGUGAGGCUCUUAGAUUAUAUCCACCAGUCGCCGCCUUAGAAAGGAUUUGUGAAAAAACUUUUGAAUUACCACCCGCAUUGCCGGACGAAAAACCUUUUAUUAUGAAAAAAGGUAUGCUUAUUUGGAUUCCAGUUCUUGCAAUCCAUCGUGAUGAAAAGUAUUACGAUAAUCCGGAGAAAUUUGAUCCAGAAAGAUUUUUAAACAACAAGAUGCGUAAUUCUUCAUGUUAUAUGCCAUUCGGAUUAGGACCGAGAAUGUGUAUAGCUUACAGAUUUGCCAUGUUGGAAGUCAAAGUCUUGCUUUUUCACUUAUUAGCGCGAUGUGAAUUGAAACCAUCUGUCAAAACUACAUCACCAAUGAAAUUCUGCAAAGAUGUAAUAGUAAUGAUACCGGAAGAUGGAUUCUGGUUGAAUAUUCAGCGUAGAAAAAAUAUGCAUUCUGUAUUGGAAUCUACAAUAAUGGAAGCCUCAGGAAACAUUUUGAAUACUAAGUAAUAACAUAGCUUUUAUAAAAAAUUAUAAUUAUUAGUUCUUUAGAAUGUUUUAAGUCAAGAUACUUUUUAGCAUCAUUAUUAAAUUGGCUAUUAUUAAAUAUAUCAACAUAAUUUGUAAUGUUAUUAGCAGUUUUAAUUCAUUAGUGUGUCCGACAGACCUCGGCGCGCAGUUAUGGAGCUGACUUAUGUAUAGAAAUUUUCAAUAAUAAUUUGGAAAUAUUAAGAUUAUUUAACA